AUGUCUAACAAUCAACUAAACCUUCGUGGAGUGUGUGAUAAACCAGUGAGUACUCAUCGGCAGAUGUACCAGUGUAAAAAAUGUGACGAGAAAUUCGCUGAGGUAGGUGACCUGAAAAAACACGUAAAGGUGCAUACUGGUCAGCAACCAUAUCGAUGUAACAAAUGUGACAAGAAUUUUGCCAAGUCAGGCGACCUGAAAAGACACAGCGGGGUGCAUUCUGUCCAGUCAAGCGAUCUGAGAAGGAAAGUGCAUACUGGCCAGUCAGGCAACCCGAGAGGACAUGUGAGAGUGCAUACUGGCCAGUCAGGCAACCCGAGAGGACAUGUGAGAGUGCAUACUGGCCAGGCAAGUGACUUGAAAGGCGAAACGAAAGUGCAUACUGCUCAGAAACCUUACAAGUGUAAAGAAUGUGACAAGCAAUUUGCCCAGCGAAGUCACCUGAAAAGACAUGUGAAAAUGUAUACUGAUCAUAAUGGUCGGCAAUCGUAUAGGUGUACCAAAUGUGUCAAAUGUUUUGCCCUAUCAAGCCAACUGAAAAGACACGUGAAAAUUCAUAAUGCUAAGAAGCCAUUCAAGUGUAAUGUAUGCAACAAGUAUUUCACCCAGAAAUACAAUCUUAAAACGCACAUUAGAGUACAUACUGGUGAAAAGCCAUUCCAGUGUAAAGAAUGUGAUAAGCGUUUCUCCCAGAAAACCCACCUGAUACAACAUAUGAGAGUGCAUACUGAUGAGCGACCAUACCAGUGUAAAGAAUGUAACAACUCUUUUUCCCAGGCAAGUGUUUUAAAAGUGCACAUGAGACAGCACACGGGUGAGAAACCAUACCAAUGUAAAGAAUGUAACAAGCGUUUCACCCAGAACAUCCACCUGAAAGAACAUAUGAGAGUGCAUACUGAUGAGCGACCAUACCAGUGCAAAGAAUGUAACCAGUGUUUCGCCCGGGAAAGGCACCUGAAAACACACAUGAAAGUGCAUGCUGAUGAGCAACUAUACCAAUGUAACGAAUGUGAUCAGCAUUUUACCAAGAAAAGCCUCCUGAAAACACACAUGAGAGUGCAUGCUGAUAAGCUACCAUUCCAAUGUAACGAUUGUGAAAAAAAAUUUCCCCGACAAUACCUGCUGAAAACACACAUGAGAAUGCACACUGGUGAGAAACCAUACAAAUGUAAUGAAUGUGAAAAGCGUUUUACUGAAAAAUGCAGCCUAAAAACACACAUGAGAUUACAUACUGGUGAGCAUCCAUACCAGUGUAAAGAAUGUAACCGUCGUUUUCGCUAUGUAAGCGGCUUAAUAAGACACAGAAGAGUGCAUACUGGUGAAAAACCAUACCAGUGUAAAGAAUGUAACCGCCGAUUUACUUGGGCAGGUGGCUUAAAAAUACAUAUGAGAUUGCACACUGGUGAGCAGCCAUACCAGUGUAAAGAAUGUAACAAGCGUUUUUCCCAAGUAGGCUGUCUGAUAUCACACAUGAGGGUGCAUACUGGUGAGCGACCAUACCAAUGUAAAGAAUGUAACCAGCGUUUUGCCCAUUCAAGUGGGUUGAAAGUACACAUGAGAGUGCAUACUGGCGAGAAACCAUACCAGUGUAAAGAGUGCAACCAGCGUUUUUCCAUCAGGAACACCCUGAAAUCACACAUGAGAGUGCAUACUGGUGAGCAACCAUACCAGUGUAAAGUAUGUGACAAGCGUUUUUCCCAGAAAACCCAUGUGACAAUACAUAUGAGAGUGCAUACUGGAGAGCGACCAUACCAGUGUACAGAAUGUAAGCAACGUUUUAUACAAAAAACAUGCAUGAUAAGACACAUGAGCGUGCAUACUGGUCGUAAGCCAUCAUACCAGUGUAAAGAAUGUCACAAGUGCUUUACUCGACCAGAAACUUUGAAAUUACACAUGAAAAAGCAUACUGGUGAGCAACAAUGCUACCAGUGUAAAGAGUGUGACAAGCAUUUUACUCAGAAAUAUUUCCUGAAAUCACACAUGAAAAACAAACACAGUACUGGUGAACAACAAACACAGUAUAAAGAAGGUGACAGCCUGGAGUCACAUGUGAGAGUGCUUUCUUGUACACAACCACACCAGUGUAAAGAAUGUCAUCAACGAUUUACCCAGAAACGCCAACUGAAAAGACACAUGAAAGUGCACACUGGUACACCUAAGCAACCAUACCAGUGCACAAAAUGUGACCAGAGUUUUACACAGAAAAGGAAACUGCACAGACACAUGAAAGUGCAUGCUUCUAAGCCACCACACCAGUGUAAAGAAUGUGAUCAGCGAUUUACCCAGAAACGCCACCUGCAAAAACACAGGCAAGUCCAUAAGGAACCACACAAGUGUGGAAAAUGUGAUCAGCGUUUUACCCUGAAAAUCACCCUGAAAAAACACAUGAAAGUACAUAAGCAACCAUACCAGUGUGACGUAUGUGACAAGCGUUUUACAACCAAAUUGACCAUGAACAAACACCACAUCGUGCAUUCAGUUGAACAACGUUAUAGAAUAGGGAAGUUAGAAGAAACUUUUACUGAUGGACAAGUUUUUCGUGUGAUAUUCAUUUAG